AAUUAUUUAUAAGAGAUGGCGGACGCUGAUCACUUGCAAAGUUGAGUUUGCAAACUUUGUGACGGCAGACAGAUUAGUACGACGCGCACCGCGGAAAGGAAAAGUUCGUGAGAACUUUUCCCAUGCAGGGAAAACGAUUAAUUUGGUUGUUUGGUCUUCCAAAAACGCAUAUAAGGCUAUUUUAAAACCAGAAAGAAGCUCGACUUGUAUUGAGAAGUCAUUGGGGUAGACUUUUUCUUUUCAAUUGUCAUUUUGCAAAUUGUCAAGUAUUUUUCAUUUUAAGAAAAUGAGUAACAAUCAUCUGCAACCUUUUCCUGGACAACAAGUUAUACGUGUUGCAAAGGACUUUGACACAGAUCUGGAAGCUCUUUUUAACUCCGUUAUGAACCCACAGCCGAGCUCCUGGAGGAAAAAAGUCCUUCCCGAGUCUUUCUUCAAGGAGCCAGACUCCGGGUCGCACUCACGCCAGUCCAGCACCGACUCGGGGACCCACCCGGCCCGGCUCACGGCGCAGCACGUCCGCUCGUAUUCCUCUCCUGCCUCAUUACAGGUCGGAACCGGAACCGGACCCAGUGCCACCAGCAGCCCGGUUUGCCACCCCCGGCACCAGUCUGUCGAUGUCACUGGCGAGCUGCCCCUGCCGCCGGGAUGGGAGAUGGCUUUUACGUCUUCUGGUCAGAGAUACUUUCUUAACCAUGUUGACAAGAUCACCACUUGGCAAGACCCCCGCAAGACCAUGACCGGCGCCAUAAACCACCUGAGCCUGCAUGCCCCACCCACCCCUGGACCCGUGCAGCAGCGUACCAUGGCCCAGACACAGCCAAACCUUGGACCACUGCCUGAGGACUGGGAGCAGGCAGUAACCGCUCAGGGAGAUACGUACUUCAUUGACCACAAAACUCAGACCACAUCCUGGUUUGACCCACGUCUGGAUGCCCACCUCAUGAUGCCCCCCCACCACCAGUCACACCUGCAGCAGCCGCCGGCACCGCCCAUGGCCCCCAGCGCCCCCCCCUCCCAGCCGGGCGGACAGGCCGGUGCCAUGAACCUGCCCAAGCCCUUGGCCACCCAGCAGCAGCACCAGCAGAAAAUGCAGCUUCAGCGAAUCCAGCUGGAACGGGAGUGCAUUCAAAUGCGACAGGAGGAACUGAGGAGACAGGAGGUGGCACUGUGCCGACAGCUUCCUAUGGAAUCCGAUACCAUGGCGCCUGCUGCCAUGACUCAGGGCACCAUUCCCACAAACAGCUCCGAUGCUAUCAGCGGACACUAUCACUCCCGGGAUAAGAGUACCGACAGCGGCCUGGGCCUGGGCUGCUGCAGCCACCCCACCACACCCGAGGGCUUCCUGAACAUAGAUGAAAUGGACACAGGAGAAAACCUGAACCAGGGUGUUAUGGGUAUCCCACAGACAAACCGCUUCCUGGAUUUCCUUGACUCGUUGCCCGGCACGGAUGUGGACCUCGGCACGCUGGAGGAGACGGAGCUUAUUCCGAUCCUCAAUGAUGAAGAGUGGUGCUGAAGCAGACCCUCCCCUAUCUGCCUCGGUACUGGGCCAAAGCGGGGGCCGGGCUUUCCCCAAAUCCAGCCUCGGUUCCAUUAACUGCCUGAAAGAUCAUGCUUGGAUCCUUCAAAAAUCAAAACAGCAAAAAAAGAGAGAAAAAAAAUCACUAACCAAAGGCACAUUGUUUGUCUAGUAAUAUGCAAUUGGUAGGUAUUACAUUUAGCACCACGAAAUGCAGUAUUUUCAGACCGAAGAUCUACAUUGUGCUCUUUGCUUUUAAUGCCUGUAUCCACAUGCAAAGUAUUUACACUUCAUUCCUAUUUCUGAGAGCAAUAUCCAGAGCAGUUUUUUUAAAAAAAAAAAAAAAAGACAAGAAGAAAAAAAGAAGAAAAGACUUAUUAUGAGUGUCUGUGCUCUGAUUGUGGUGGCGCCCCCUGUCUGUGGUGACUAUGCACUGCUCUGAAAAUGGCUAAAUCCUGUCUUCCAGCAAAUGGCUGCUAUGAUUUCAAAAUCAGCUGAGAAGCCUUAAGAACACAGUGUUUGCAGCUACCAAACAAGCCUUUCUUAGUGCCUACGACAUGCUACAUAUUACACGCUUUGUAACUUUACCUUUUUAAUAGUCGAUUUAGGUUUUUGGUAUUUUAGCAGAUCUGCACAAGCUGUUAAUAUUUUAGCGGCUGUAACAUCACUGCAACAUCACUGCAACAUCACUGCACCAGACUCAUAUGCCAAGAAAUUCCCAAAUAACCUUUUAUGUUACUUUCUUUUUUAAAGUUUUUAUAUAUAGAGAAUGCUACAGUAUUCCUUUCCUAUACUGUAAAAUUAUCCAAAUAUGUUCUUUAACAUAAGGUCUUUUUUAGUCUUGUUAAUAUAGUUUGCAUUUUAGUAUUUAUCGGAAGUUAUGAUUCUUUAGAGAGAUUUUAGGGUUUUUAAUAAAUGUAAACUUAAAAGCACUACAAGUGUGGAUUAAAUAAGAUCUGAAGUGAAUGUUAAGUCUAUUCAUAAUUUGGGUAAUCAGAAGGCUGAGUGAGGUUAUAUAUAUUAUAGCAAAAUAUUUUGAAACGUUGUGAUCCAUAUAAUGAACAAAGAGUAUGAUCAUAUUCACAUUGCAGGAUAGGUUGAUUUAAAGCCAAAUGUUUUAAACACCUGCACAGCAGGCAAUAUGUAUUGUGUUUCAUGCCACGUGAACAAAAAUUAGCUAGAGAUAUGUAAAGAAAGGGUACGAAAUGUAUGGGGCCGUUUCCUUUUAAAACCAUGUUGCAAUUCCAUUUGAUUGUUCAGAUUCAUAUUUGUGUUGAACUGUAUUCCCUUUCAUUUCGGUUUGAUUUAUUAUGGGAGGGGAGGAGCUAUAAGAGAAGGCGCUUCUGUUCAACCAAUCAAGGCAGUAUGAAUGCUACGCGGUGACUCUUUUUACGAAUCUGUCUCCAGUGCAAAGUCGUUGUCCUCUAUCAGCCCAUCAGGUUAAAAUAAUGGGAUCAGCUAUUACUAAAGUGUUACCACUGAAUUCAUGUAAAACCAAUACACUGUGGACCCAUCUGUUUAUAUAAGGAAGAUGUCCAUAUAAAAGGUUGAAAUGUGGAUUUCAGUGACUCUGUCAGGAGGAGUGAUUCGAUUUCCAAAACAGAAACUGCAUUUAUAAAUUAAGUUUUAGGAGUUUGUUUUGGAGCACGUAGAAGUAAAUGCAGUAUGAUCGAUGACGUAGUGUGGCGUUUAUGAAAGUAUGACUAACUUGAAUGGUAUUACAUUGGUUCCUAAACGGAAACAUUACGUUGCUGUUUCUCAGUGUAGUUUUGUGUUUGCGGUAUUGUUACUCUUGGUGGCAUGCUGGUGAAUCCUGGAAUCACACUUACAAUAGCUGUGUUUGAUUCCUCAUGGUAAUUUCACAAGGAGUUCACACCGAAAAAUGUAAUCUCAAAAAAUGAGCAAGAUCGGCAAAAAAAACUUUUGUAGCUAUUGUAUUGUUUCAAAUCAAAUAAAUAAUUGUAGUAUCAUUA